CUAUCCUCUUUGCCUUUAGGAAAAAAAUAAAAAACUUUUUCCCCCCUCUCUCUCCUCUAGUCUUUUUGGCUUUAAUGCUUCACUAGCAAAAGCCAUCUGCAAAACUCUCUUCUGUUUUUCUGUCCAUGCCAUCCCCUCUCCCUUUUUCGUCCCAUCUUCUUCACUUGUUCUUAGUACAAUAUUUAACUCCAAUAAACUCCAUUUCCUAAGCAAAAUAAAUGCAGUUUCUUUAUUUUUAUAUUUAUGGAAGCUGCUGUUUUAAGUUCCAUAUUUAUCUAAGAGCUAAAGAAGCUUAAUUACUUGAGCUAAAGUUCAUUUUAUUCUUUGAAAAAUAUACCUAGCUGGUGAUUUAGUAGUUUUCUUUUCUUGUCCAUUGACUUUUUUUCCUCCUUCAAUGCAGCUCUAAGUUCUAACUUCAACCGUUGUUGUCUUUUCAGGAGAACUGUUUGCAAGUUUGGUAGACCAUUUCUCUCGCUAUGUUUCCUUUUCAAGCUAUAGAGAUAGAAAACUGUUUAUUUUUUCAUAUUUUGGCUUAUUCUUAAGGGUAGUUCCUGUUCAUCUUGACAUCUGAAAGUUUCACUUUUUUUAUCUGCUCUUUCUGUUUAGGUCCAAAGUUAAAGAAUUCAGACACCAUAACAUAAGAAAAUUUCACAUCAAAAUAAUAGUGCCAAAGAAGAAUGAAUUAGCCACCAUUUCUUUAGAGAUUGUAAAAGAAAGUAGAGUAUGUGGAGUCAAGAAUGCAAUAUUGUUUCCUAGUUAUGAGCUUGUUGUUUUAAAGAGAUCUUUUUUCCUUUUUUUUUUCCUUCUCAAGUCAGCCACCACUUUUAGUUUAAUCAUUUAGUCUAGCUAGCUUCUAAUCUACUAUCCCUUGUCCUGUUUCUUCCUCUCUUUUUCUGUCUCCAAACAAAAACAAGAAUACUAAAGAAAUUUGAGAGGUUAGAAAUGGAAGUUCCAAAUGAAGAAGGAGAAAUGGCAAUGCCAAUUAACAGCACAUAUGGGCAUGAGCACAUGAUCUAUCAUGACACUGCACCACAAAAUAAUCACAUAAUAACACCCCCACAAAUAGUAACUUCCAAAAAUGGACCCCCAAUUUCCACUAGUACCCUUGAAACCUCAGAUAAUGUAGUACCUUACAAGAAAAUGGUGAAGUAUAAGGAAUGCCUCAAGAACCAUGCAGCAGCUAUGGGUGGAAAUGCAACUGAUGGAUGUGGAGAAUUCAUGCCUAGUGGUGAAGAAGGUACUUUUGAAUUCCUCACUUGCUCUGUUUGCAAUUGCCACAGAAAUUUCCAUAGAAAAGAAACAGAAGGUGAGCUCAUAAGAAAAGUUUAUGUGGGACAUCCUCAUAAAGCAUUUGUGUACCCUGCUUCUAGAGCAGCACCAUAUCAGAUGAUAAUGUCUUAUAAUAACCAUUUGGGAUCAUUUCCUUAUAUUGAGCAAGAAGAUGGUAUAAUAAAUGGUGGUUGUGGGGUUAUGGCUAGGCCACUUAACUAUCAACAAUUGGUGAAGAAGAGAUUCAGGACAAAGUUUAGUCAAGAACAAAAGGAGAAAAUGCUCAACUUUGCUGAGAAAAUUGGAUGGAAGAUGCAAAAGCAAGAGGACGCUAUGGUUCAACAGUUUUGUCAAGAAGUUGGAGUUAAAAGAAGAGUACUUAAGGUUUGGAUGCACAACAAUAAGCACAGUCUCGCAAAGAAAAACUCCAAUGACAUUAAUCUUCAAAGUCAAAUUUGAACUACUUCUAUCUGUUACCUCUAGUAGACAGUAUUUAACUUAAUUUCUUCUUUUAUUUCCUCUACUGUUUUGCCUUUUUGGUAUCUUCUUGAACUUCACUUCUCUUUGGUCCAUUGUUACAAUUAGCUUGAUAUUUUAACAAAAUAAUAUUUGGGUAUGCAAUGUAUUGGUCGGAUUUUGUUUAACUUAUCUGUAGUAAUCAGUUUAUACAUAGAAAAGAUUAUUUAAAAAGAUCUUUUCUGAUGGAUAUUUACUUUA